GCUGCCCAUUAUCGCUGGCAUCUCUUCCAUUCCAUCCAAAGCCAUCCAUCCAUCCACGAGCACAGACCACAGUACAAAGACCUCAACAGAGCAGAGCACAGCAGAGAACAAAACAGACUGGCAUCCUUCCUGCGCAGCAAGGACAUAUUGACCGUCAACAGUCCGACACGUGAUCGAAAGGUUCAGUUUCUCGCAUUCCCGACACCAGUACCCACCGCCAAGACCAAAACAUUUGCUUUCCACCCACAAGGGGAAAGAGCAUCUACCGCAAGAGAAGGUCGACUGAUCAAUCGACGCGCUACUGCUCGUUCCAUUAGGUCCUUCGUAUCAAGUUUCGGGCCUGCAUCAACGCCUGGCCGCUCCUUGCUUCCUAUUCCCCGCUACUUCACACCCUCUUGACAUCACUGAAUCAAUUCACACGCCGCGCGAUUUGCAGUUUGUGACGCACAGAAACGAACAACUGUGCACCUGCUAGCGCACUCAGAUCAUGGACUCUGCUUCCGCUGCUACUCCUGCCUCUAACAACACUUCGCAGCUUCCUCCCAACGCCGCCGCCGCUUCCAAGCUUGCACUCGACAGCGCCAUGGCGGCAGUCUCCAACGGCGCAGCACCAAAGGCCGGCCUUUCAGGGCGGUCGCAACAAUCUGCAAACGGGUCUGCAUCGGCCGAGAACGAUACAACAGCAGCAGCAUCAACAACAUCAACAGGAAAAUCAGCAGCAGGGGAUGAGAGCAAGGAAGAGGGCGAACUGUCGAACGACAGUGGCGUCGACGUCGACGAUGCGGUCGCCAAGAACCGCGCUGCAUCUGCGUCCGACAUGAGGACCGUAUUUGAAGACCCAGAGAACUUCAACGUCAAGCAUCCGCUCGCGUCACGAUGGACUCUCUGGUUCGACAACCCGUCCCAAAGGGGCAUGGCCAACAUGCGCGGCAGCAAGGACUCGUGGGGCGAGGACCUGAACAAGGUCGUCGAUGUCGACUCGGUGGAGGAGUUCUGGGGGCUGUACCACAACAUCAUCCCACCUAGCCAGCUGCCAGCCAAGGCGAAUUACUACCUGUUUAAGGAGCCCAUCAAGCCCAUGUGGGAGGACCCGGCGAAUGCCAAAGGCGGCAAGUGGUCAGUGCAGUUCCCACGAGAGAAGAGCAAGAGCCAGAUUGACAACAUUUGGCUAUACACUAUGCUCUCGGCGAUCGGGGAGACUCUCGACACGCCCUUCCCGUCCGGCACACCGCGCGCUCUAGCUGACGGGCCGGAGGACGAGUUGAUCUCGGGCGUCCUGCUGGCAGCGCGACCGAACUUCUACCGCGUGGCCAUCUGGACACGACGGAGUGACCAGGAGACUGAAGAGAUUGGCCGGCGACUGAUGGACAUUGGCAAGAACUUCAAAGUCAACGUGCUCGGCCUCAAGCUCGACGAGAAGGUCAGUAGCAAUUAUGGUACUGAAAUUGAGUUCCAGAGCCAUACAGAGAGUGAAAAGAAGAGGGGAAAGAAGACGGUCAUCUAAAAGCUACAACUGUUGCUGCGAUCAGAAAGGGAAGAUGGCGCCUAACGCGGCUCCAAAGGGCACUGCAUCUAGUCUUGCAGCACGCUAGUCCCUUCAUGCGGCGAGCGCGUAUCUACUGCCAGAUGCCAUGGCGUCCCUUACAUGUGCUGGCGCCAUCAAUUUCACGCAGAGCAUAUGGAGAAGGGAGGGGGGAAGAGGAAGGGGAGGAUGGCCCUGGGCGGCCGGAGUUGUCUGAGAUAGGAACUGGUGGCGCGCUGGAGCAUCUGGAACGAGAAGCGCAGACGGCCAACGCGACGCAAACGGUUACGUUGGCUCCCACGACUCUAUACAAUGGCUCGUGGCCCUGGCGGCACAAGGCGGCACCACUCCAGCCUCUUCUCCC